UUCCCUGCAUGUGCUGGAGAGUGGUAAACCAGUACCGACAUUUUCUCCCAGAACAAAAAUUCAAUCCAAGAUAUUUUAUGAAACUCAGUUUUAGGAUGAAAAUUCAGAUCUUAAUCUCUGUAUUUGUGGUUACAUUAAACUCUCCGGGUUGUUACGGACAAUUCGGCUCCGGGUUCAGAAGCUCUUUCUCUUCAUUUGGCUCCUCCUCCUCAUUCAAGCCUGAAAUUGAACCAGAAUCCUCCUCCCCCAUUCAGUCUCUGGGAUCUAGUGGCAGGUUCUCUAUCUUUGGUUCAAGAAAACCCAGUGCUUUCAGUAGUUCAUUUAACUCUGAUACAACUACUCCGGAUUCUACAACUACAGUUACCUCUUUUACUACAACAGCUUCAACAACAACGCCUACAUCGACAACCUCAACUACAGAGACUGCUUCAACUAGAACUCUAACCCCAAGUACAGCUUCAUUAACAAGACCUUCAAGACCACCUAUACAAAGAACCCCUGAAGCAACCUCGGACCCAGAUACUGACCCAAGAUCAUCUUUCACCUUUAGAUCUCAUUCCAGAUUGCUCAACUCUCCGGGUUUAACCAAGGAGAACCCUAACCAAGAAAUCCAAGAAGAUUCUGUAAAGUCAACGCCUUUUCAAGGAAGGAUUGAUGGGUUUUCAGGGAUUCGUAAAAUCAAAGAACAAUCUUUGCUAGUAUCUGAGAAGAUCGAACCUCGUCCUGGGAUUGGUUCCAAGUUUUCUAAUGGCACUGUGCUUCAACGUCUCCGUUUACCAAAUAAACAAACGCAAAACUUAAGAAUUAGCAGUAAUAUUUCCCGUCCAAGCCCCGUUUCUCAACCAGAAAAAUCAGACUCCAUUAAACCGAUCUUGUCAACUCCGAAACCCAGAAAAUCAGAAGAGGACUCUGCUAAAGAAAAACUUAAAGUGGGGAGUAAACCUGAGCUAACUAUGGUUGAAAGGAAAUCUGUUCUCCAACGAUUGAAUUUGCGAGGAAGUCUUCGAGAUGGACGGAGAAAAAUUAAUUUUCUUCAAACCUCAGCCAAUCUAGACAAACCAGUGGUGGUGUCUUCAGUAGGACUUUCUUCAGGUCUCACUCCAUCUUCAAGAACGACAACAACAACAACAACUACAGAAUCAACUACAUCUUUUAGAACAGAAACUUCGUCCUCAUCGUCACAAACCAAGGACGAGUCAACUCCUCCUAGCAGGAGAGUUGUGACAGUUUUAGAGUUUUUUGGUAGUGAUCAGUCAAAACAUACCAUUCCUUCCUCCCAGUCUUCCUCCACACAUCAAGAUUUUAGUGAUAAGGACUUAUCCAAGAUACUCGACUCAUCUACAACAGAACCUUAUUCUACUACAAAAUCGUAUUCUUCUAGAGAACCUUAUUCCACUACAGAAUCCUAUUCGUCUACGGAACCCUAUUCGUCCAUGGAACACUAUUCGUCUACGGAACCCUUUUCAACUACAGAAUCUUAUUCCACUACAGAAUCUUAUUCCACUACAGAAUCUUAUUCCUCGACAGUUUAUCCCGUUACAGUACUUUAUUCCAGAACUUCUCCUACUCAAGUUUACUCCACUACCCAAGCAUAUUCCACUAGUUCUAGUUCAGAGCAGAAUUUAGGUUCUGAAACCUCUACUACGGAACCUACGCAGUAUCCGGAUACUUCUACACACUCAGGGAUAGAAUCAGAUCUAACAAAACAUGGUUCUAGCAAGGUUGAAGGUUCAAACUUUUCUCCAGAUCUGCCCGAAACAACGACUAAGAGAAAGAUUAUUACAUUCUUUAAUAGACAGGAGUUAAAAGAUAAGCUAAAGGAUGUUGUUUUAUCCGCAAUUCAGGAUAAAUCUGCAAUCAGUAUAGAGGAAAAGGUUUCACGCUUGCGUGAUAAGAUUGAAGCAGCAGCCCCUGAGGAGAUAAAACAGCAUAUUCAGGAGAAACAGGAACAGUUUAUGAAGGAUGCAAUCAGACUCUUCUCUCUUGAAAGGAAAUCUCAACAGAAUGAAGAAGAGGACAGCAGAGUUGUAAUUCAGGAGUUUAUGAAAACCAUGGAUAUUCUGGAACCAACCUUGAAAGAAUCUACCACAAGUUCUUCUGUGUUAGAGUCUAGAACUUCAACAGAACCUGGAGAAAUGUCAACUAUUGAACCAACCACAACAACUAGUGCUGGUAGAAGAAUAUCCUUGUUUAGCCAUGAGAAGAAUGAAGUACAAACCACACCCUCUGUCACAACCAACAUCAAGCUUCAACCUGUGGUCCCUCUAACUACCACAACUACUACAAACCGACCAGAAGUCUCAACCACAUAUAAACCAACUUCCACAUCUUCUCAACCUGACACAAGAACUGAUUCUUCUGAACCUGAUAGUUCGUUGCUCUCUAAUCAAGGUACUGGAGAAAAUAUAAAUAUUUCUCCAGGGUUUCUGUUUGCUAGACCAAGCCUUGUUCAAACAAUCAAAUUGGAACCUGAAUUGAAAGAAAUGGCUAAGAAUAUAAUUCCAGAUAAACUAGAAUCCCAGAUGAACAAGAUCUCCAAUCUAUCCGAGGAUGAGGCUAUGACGGAACUGAUUGAUGAAGUUUACUCCAAGCGUCCUAGUUUUAGGAUCAAAUUGAUCCAACCCAGCAACCAUCCGGAGAAAAGUGGAACUGAAUCUAAAAUAACUGAGGAAUUAAUGGAAAAUACGAAAAAAAUUAUGAAAAUUAUGAAUCUCUUGGAACCUGAAGUUCGUCCAGCCUUGACCCAGCAAGCGACAGUGAAUACACCUCAGCAAUCAAUUAUCUUCCAGCAAGCUCCAGUGCUCCAAUCAAUCUCUGAGCAACCAAGUCUGUCCCAAAAGGUUUCAGUUUUACAAACAAUUCCUGAGCAAUCAACACGCUUUAUGCCUAGGAGAAAGCUUGAUGAAUCCACAAAAAUAACUGAGCACUAUGAAACCUUAAUACCCCUAAACCUUGGACGGAUUAAGAAUUUUAGAGAAGAGGAGAAAAUUGACUUUGGUUCACUUGUUCAGAAUGUUAACCAGAAGGUUUUCUUUGGGAAAUCUCCGGGCACAACUACAAGAAACAUCUCCCCUGAACCCACUAAUCUAGUCAAAAAUGGGAAGAUUGAACCUGAAGCUGAGUUUAAACAAGAACCUAGUUUAGUAGUUCAACGGUAUUCCUCUCCUCUAUGGUCCGAACCUGUAGAAAGCUUUGAUUUUCAAAGUGAUCUGAAUCCAACCUUCACUACAACCGUCACUGAUUCAUUAAGAACACAAGAUUCAAUCCAGGAUUUUCCAGGAGUGGAUUCAAAGUAUUCAAUCCAGGAUUAUCCAGGAGUGGAUUCAAAGUAUUCAAUCCAGGAUUAUCCAGGAGUGGAUUCAAAGUAUUCAAUCCAGGAUUAUCCAGGAGUGGAUUCAAAGUAUGAAGAGGAAUACUAUUAUAUAUCAAAUGAUUCAGAUUCAAGAAAUCCAGAUUUUGUUUAUCUCGGAGAAAAUGAUCCAUAUGUUCAUCCUUCAUUAAGCAAUUCUCCUGUUUAUCCUACAGAAAGCAAUUCUCCUGUUUAUCCUAAAGAUACUAAUUCUCGUGUUUAUCCUAGAGGAAGCAAUUCUCCUGUUUAUCCUACAGGAACCACUUCUCCUGUUUAUUCUACCGGAACCACUUCUCCUGUUUAUCCUACAGGAACCACUUCUCCUGUUUAUUCUACAGGAACCACUUCUCCUGUUUAUCCUACAGGAACCACUUCUCCUGUUUAUUCUACAGGAACCACUUCUCCUGUUUAUUCUACAGGAAUCAAUUCUCCUGUUUAUCCUACAAGGAGAAAUCCUCCUGUUUAUCCUUCAGGAAGCAAUUCUCCUGUUUAUCCUACAGGAAGCAAUUCUCCUGUUUAUCCUACAGGAACCAAUUCUCCUCUAUAUAAUUAUGAAACUCAGGGUUCUCUUCUUCCACGUCUACAGUUUGCAAACUUCGAUUACGAUGAUGCUGGAAAUAUUAUUCUCCUUAACUCUAGCGGAGAACCCAUUGCUCAAGCUCCACAGGGUUCAAUAAUACCUACUAGAACUAGUAUUGAUGAUUUACAAGGAUCCGUCCGGAUUACUCCGGUCUUUAUAACCAACACAGGUUUAAAAGAAAGUGAUUCAACUGGAAGGUCUAGGGUGCACGUUGAACUAGAGCGCCUGCAGAAUAGGUUUAAAGAUGGUAAAAUUCAGAGCUCAGGUCAGAAACAUCAAACUGAUCUUCUUAAACACCAGCGGGAAGUAGAUAAGAUAAUCCAGCUACAGGAACUAGCUGCUCUACGGUUUGGAUAACUGGAAAAAUCAGAUUUGAAGAAACAGAAACCAAAAACCAAGUGCUUGAACCAUUGACAUAUUUUAUUCUACUUUUAAUAUUUUGAUAUUCUACGACUUCUGUUUAAGACAAGAUCUAAUAAAUAUGACUUUGCAUUA